UUUACAGUUGCUUUUUAGUCCAACUUAAAGUCUAACCGAAAUAGGUUCGAAUUUUCGACGCACAAUUUUUCGUUCUUGAGAAAAGAUGAGUUCCAGAAAGUUUAGUUGUGAAUAUAGCAGCAGAUUUACAAAAGGUCGCGAUUGCAAAAAUCCUUUGUACCGUGAUGUGUAUGAAAGGUCCAUAAAUGAACCGAAUGCAUUUUGGGGUGAGCUGGCCGAGCAACUGCUUCAUUGGAAUAAACCAUGGGAAGCCGUUAUGGACAACAGCAAUCCACCGUUCACAAAAUGGUAUAUUGGAGGACAGCUGAAUGCUUGCUAUAACGCAUUGGACCGUCAUGUACUAAAUAAAGCUGGGGAUAAAGUUGCUUUAAUUCACGAUAGUCCAAUGACAAAUACUGUUCGACGAGUAACUUACAAUGAAUUGUUGGAUAAGGUUUCCAGGCUAGCCGGCGGUUUAAAGAAAUUAGGAGUAAAAAAAGGCGAUCGGGUUGUCAUAUAUAUGCCUCUUAUACCUGAAACAAUAAUGGCUAUGCUAGCAACAGUCAGAUUAGGUGCCAUUCAUUCUGUAGUGUUUGGAGGAUUCGCUGCAAGUGAAUUGUGUUCUCGUAUUGAACACGCCGAACCAAAAGUGAUAAUUGCUGCCAACUGUGGCAUAGAACCGAAUAAGAUAAUCCAUUACAUUGAUAUCCUACAUGAAGCAGUCCGAAUGUCCAAGUGGAAACCACAGGUCAAUAUUGUUUUUCAAAGAACAAAUAUUUUGGUAUCUGACUUGGAUGACAAGAUGGAUGUCAGUUGGGAAUCAACGUUGUCAGAUCCUGCAGAGUGUGUGCCGGUGGAAGCGAACGAUCCACUUUACAUAUUGUACACAUCCGGAACAACUGAUAAACCAAAAGGUAUUAUAAGGCCAACAGCUGGACACCUGAUUUCAUUGAUGUACACAAUGAAUACAAUAUACGGAGUUCAACCGAAUGACGUAUGGUGGAAUGCUUCCGAUAUGGGAUGGGUCGUCGGUCAUUCCUACAUAUGCUAUGGACCACUGCUGUUUGGAGCCACCAGUGUAAUGUACGAAGGAAAACCUGAUCGUACACCGGACCCCGGACAAUAUUUCCGAGUGAUUGCGGAGCAUAAGGUCUCUGCAUUAUUUUCGGUUCCUACAUCGUUUCGAGUUCUACGUCGAAUUGAUCCGUCAAGUAAAUUUGGAAGUAAAUACAGUCUUAAAUCGCUUCGUACGAUAUUUAUUGCAGGAGAACAUUGUGAUUCAGAGACAAAGAAAUGGAUAGAAACAACUUUUGGAGUACCUGUUUUGAACAAUUGGUGGCAGACAGAAACUGGUUCAGCUAUUACAGCGACUUGCGUUGGACUUGCACAGAACUUAAAUCCUCCGCAAUUUACUACAGGACUUCCAUUUUGUGGAUACGAUAUUCGCGUAUUGAACCCAGAUGGUACCGAAGCUGCACAAAAUGAGCUGGGACGUAUAGUUAUAAAACUGCCAUUGCCACCGGGAACAAUGUCCUCUUUGUAUCGCAAUGAUGAUUUAUUUGAGAAACUUUACUUUAGCAGAUUUCCCGGUUUCUACGACACAAUGGAUGCCGGCUACAUGGAUGAAAAAGGAUACGUGUAUGUUACUGCACGUGAUGACGACGUAAUCAAUGUGGCUGGACAUAGAAUCUCAACCUCAAGUUUAGAGGAUGCUGUUUUAAGGCAUCCUGACGUGGCGGAUGCUGCCGUAUUUGGAGUUCCGGAGCCAACUAAAGGCCAAAUACCUUUGUGUUUGUAUAUUGUAAAAGAUGGUGUAAGCAAAACUACCAACAAACUGUCAGUAGAAUUGAUUAGGUUGAUUCGUGAAGUGAUUGGUCCCAUAGCAUCUUUUCGAUUAGUGGGACGGGUAGAUGCAUUGCCCAGGACAAGAUCAGGCAAGACAAUGAGGAGAGCCAUGGCUGAUUUUGCUGCAGAUAAAUGUGUGCGUCUACCUGCCACGAUUGAGGAUGAAAAAGUAUUUGGUAACAUCAGACAAGUGUUACAGGAACUGGGAUAUGCCAUGCAUGCACCAGACCCAACAGUAGAGGUAUUCAAAAACUAAUUUGCUUCAUUCAGCUAGUACAGUAAUUUUUUUUUAAAUCAUUUUUGGUGUACAGUUAUUGAAGCUAUAUUUAAAUAUAAUUUUUAUAUGAUUAAGUAAGUAAAUAAAAACGAGAGACAAAAAAAGUGCAAUCUAAUCUUUUUCAAUCGAAACUCUAUG